AGGCUGCAGAUGGUUAACAUCUGCAUUUGGGCAGAUGGGCGUUGCUUCUAAGUAGGAAGUGGUCUGUCCUCGGGCCAAUGUCAGUCUCUCCCCGAGGUUCCCUCAAUGACCAGGAGCCCCGUCUUGUUCUGAGUCCGGGCGGCCGACGUGGGAGCCUGGAGCGUCGCCGGGCGCGUGGCCGGAACGCCCUGCGGAUCGCGGCGUCGCUAAGGGUCCCUCCUCUCCUGUCACCCCCGUGGGCGGGCCCACGGCUCGGCCGGAACCGGCGGCACCAUGAGUGAGGAGUCAGGGAGCUACCCGGACGCCUACGACGACUACAACGCCACGGCCACGGCGGACUACGCUGCGGACCCCACCGGCCCGUGCGUCCUGAAGGACGUCCGCGACUUCUCCCGGCUCUUCGUGCCCAUCACUUACUCCUUGAUCUGUGUCUUCGGCCUCCUGGGCAACGUCCUGGUGGCGCUCACCUUCGCGUUCUACAAGAAGGCCAAGUCCAUGACCGACGUGUACCUCCUGAACAUGGCCCUGGCCGACAUCCUGUUCGUGCUGACCCUGCCCUUCUGGGCGGCGACGCACGCCACGGGCCAGUGGGCCUUCAGCGGCGCCCUGUGCAAGCUGGUGCGCGGCGUCUACGCCGUCAACUUCCACUGCGGCAUGCUGCUGCUCACCUGCAUCAGCCUGGACCGCUACGUGGCCAUCGUGCAGGCCACGCGGUCCUUCCGCCUGCGCGCCCGGAUGCGGGCGCACCACCGCGCCAUCUGCCUGGCCGUGUGGGCCCUGUCCGUCCUCAUCUCCACCGGGACCUUCAUCUUCAACCAGAAGUACCGGCUGCAGGGCCGGGAGGUGUGCGAGCCCCGGUACCCGGGCGUCUCCGAGCCCCUCCGCUGGAAGCUGCUGCUGCUGGGCCUGCAGCUGCUGUCGGGUUUCUUCAUCCCCCUGCUGUUCAUGACGUUCUGCUACCUGUUCAUCGUCAGGACCCUGCUGCAGGCCCAGAACUCCAAGCGGCACAAGGCCAUCCGUGUGAUCGUCGCCGUGGUCCUCGUGUUCCUGGCCUGUCAGGUCCCUCACAACGUGGUGCUGCUGGUGACGGCCGUGAAGCUGGGCAAGGUGGGCCGGUCCUGCCAGGGCGAGAAGGCGCUGGGCUACCUGGAGACGGGCACCGAGGUGCUGGCCUUCCUGCACUGCUGCCUCAACCCCGUGCUCUACGCCUUCGUGGGCCAGAAGUUCCGGAGCUACUUCCUGAAGAUCGCCAAGGACCUGCUGUGCGUGGGGCGGCGGCGCGUGCCCGGCCUGGCCUGCGCCCGGCUGCACUCGGAGGCCUUCUCCUCCUGGCAGAUCAGCGAGACCGCGGACAACGACAACCCGUCCUCCUUCACCAUGUGACCCGCCCCGGGCGCCACGUGCCGCGCUCACGGCCGCGAGAGGACUCGCGGGAGUGUGUGCGGUGUCUUCCGCGGGGACGGGGACCGCGGUGGCCUUGGGCUGGGGCGGGGGGGGGGGGGCAGGGGGGGGUUCGUGCAGGUAGCGGUUUCCAAAUUUCCUCCACCAGGAACUCUGAUCCUGCCGCCUCUGACGGCCGGCGCCAUGAGGCAGGCUCCGGGCUGCGCGCGUCUCAGGGCAGGGCUGACCAACGGGAGCUCCUGGGAAAUAUUCAUGAACCGGCCCUAGACCCCUGCUCCUUUAGUCAGAGCAAAGCAAUCACACGGUUUGAAAAACCAAGACAGAAAAACAAAAAUGAAUAAAAGCCCUGGUGCCACACAUUCUGGUCAAACACUCCAUCCAGCCGACGCCCGCCGGGCGCCAGGGAGGCCGGAGCGGCAGUGACACCCUGGAGGCGGCGGGCCGAGGGCGGGCCGAGGGCAGCAGGGGAACCAGCCUGAGCGCAGCCGGAAUCGCUGCGGACAGACGGGCGGACAAGGCGCUGGGCGAGCACCAGAGUCGUCACCCGGAUCAGGCGCCUCGGGCUGUGAGGGGCAGGGGAAAGCGGGCGUUCGCUGUGCUUCCCUGGAAGCGGCCCCGCUGGGAGCCGCCAGCCGAGUGUCCGGGGCCUACAGCCGAGGUCCGCGCACAGAGGGCGUCCUAAGUUCCGUUUAGAGGUCAGAGUGAAACGGAGGGGCUGUGCCGCUUACAGUGUGAGGUGUUACAUUUUUUAAAAAUAAA